AUGUUACUUAGAAACCUAGAUCCAGUCAACAGACUUUGCAACAGAACAAGACUUAUCUGUUGUCAAUUCCAAUCCCAAAUAAUUGAUACUGAAAUAAUAACAGGAGAUCAUCAAGGUAAACGUGUAUUUAUCCCUAGAAUUCCCCUUACAUCAACAGAAGAUACCGGAUUACCUUUUGUGCUAAAAAGAAAGCAAUUCCCCGUACAACCAGCAUUUGCCUUGACUAUCAACAAAUAUCCAGGUCAAACGUUACCCUAUGUUGGCCUAUAUCUUCCACAGCCCAUUUUCUUUCAUGGAUAA